AUGGCAAGAUGGUUCUUGGCUCUAGCAGAAUAUGAUAUCACUUGUGUUACUCCCAAGGCUAUUAAGAGCCAAGCAGUUGCAGACUUACUGGCCCAGUUCCCAUCUGGUGAACAUGAACCUGCAGAGAUGCCUCUACCAGGUGAGGUCCAUGUCUCAGCAGCUGCAAUUGAGACUUAUUGGGACUUAAAGUUUGAUGGAGCUUCCGGAGUUGGGAAAUGUGGAGCUAGCGUAACACUAACCAGUCAAGAAGGAGAGAAGUUUCAUCUAUUACAUAAGCUUGACUUUGAGUGUUCAAACAACAAGGUAGAAUACGAGGCGCUGAUGCUGGGUCUAAUAACUUCCCGAAAGAAGGGCUUCCGCAAGUUGAAAAUUUGGGGCGACUCCAAGUUAGUUGUCAAGCAAACGAUGUGUGAUUUCGCCUUGAAGGAGCCUCUGUUAGCCCCAUACCGCACUAUAGUUCAAAAGUUGCUCACGCAGUUUGAUGAUAUCCAAAUCCAGUAUACCCCUCGAACAUAUAACCGUUUCCCCGAUGCCUUGGCUACACUAGGGGCAAAGAUGGAGAUACCAGAUGAUAGUAUAGCCAUCGUCAUCGAGAAAAGAACAACACCAGCAGUGCUAGUCGAAGAACAUACAGAGCAAAAUGCUAAGGGAUGGAAAACAGAUAUAAUCCAGCAGUUAAAAACAGGCCAAGGAACAAUCAGACCAGCAGAACUUGCAUCAUUCCUCCUUCUCAAGAGGAGAGUUGUACUUUCGCAGUCCCAACAACUUACUGGCAAGAAGCGUCGGUAG